UAUUCUAACCUAGCAGAAGUAAACGAUAUACCCCUCUACUGGUUUAUCCUAAAAGGAAAUCAUACAUAUUCAAAGGAAAGCUACCGGUAGUUGAUAGAGAAAGACCUUAUAUUAACACGAGGUGCCUCCGAUCCUAUCAGGGGGCUCAAAAAAAAAGCAGACCCCUCCUCCCCCGGGCUCCCCCGGGUCGCACAUAGCGCUUCCAACUCAGCCCUUUACCCGGUUACCCAGCUUCACGAUCGACGGGCCAGACGACCCCCUCGUAGUAUGUCGUAAUAUGCAGGUUUAGCGAAUGUCUCACCUUCCUCAAUUCAAGUAUCAAAACGGUAUUUCCUCCGCGCUUUUCAGGCCCUCGACAACUCACUUAUUAACAUUUGAUUCAGUGAACUGGCUUUGCAGUUAGAAUCCAGGCAUAUAAGCUCCCAAUAGACCCCGGUGUGUCCCUAUAGGUUUGUGCAGCCUCGAGUGCCUGUUCGCCCCAGAUACUACAAGUACACUAUGGAUCUCGACGGAAGUAUGGUCCUUCCUAUGAAGAUAUGCGGUGACUCACAAGAUUAACGAUUGGUUUGAUUUUAGAAAGCGCUACUAUCACACAGAAUGUGGUGGCUAUGGAUGCCUCCCCUCUAGGGCCAUCUCAAGCGGGAACCGUCGAGAAAGCCCAGAAAAUAAAUGAACGAAGGUUAUUGGCAAAGAUAGACCUCCGAUUGAUACCUUUCAUAACUAUCUUAUACAUCCUUGCCUUUUUGGACCGGUUCGUGGAAGGGACACAUCUGCCAACUACUAAGGCCAGAGCUGACCCUCCAAGAGUUCAGUGUGAAUAUCUCCAAUGCCGUGAUAUUCGGUCUGGGGGAGGAUCUCAAUCUCGGAGGCCUCGAAUACAACACCGCACUGACAAUAUUCUUCGUCCCAUAUAUCCGUAAGCCUCGGAUCAACAGCCCCUGAACACCAAAACUAAUGAAGAAUAGUCUUCGAGAUACCUUCCAAUCUCCUUAUGAAGAAGCUCCGACCACACCUUUGGCGUAGUAAACAAAUUCCCAUGUCCGUAAACCCAAGCUAACGAUACUCAGUUUCACUUUGCAUGUUUCUGUUUGGCCUAGUAACGUGCCUCCAAGGGUUCGUGCAAAAUUAUAGCGGAUUGUUGGCCACGCGUUUCUUCCUCGGAGCUUUUGAGGCUGGUACGUCUGGACUCCAUGCUCUCCGGAAUGAAUUACCUACUGAAUGAUAAGGCAUGGUUCCUGGCUGCUUCUACCUCAUCGCAAUGUGGUACAAACGAGAAGAGGCCCAGAAAAGAUGCAGCUUUUUCUUUUCUGCCACUAUACUUGCUGGGGCCUUCGGGGGUCUGCUGGCAAGCGCCAUUGGAAAAAUGGACGGUAUGCAGGGGUUUAGAGGAUGGAGGUGGAUUUUUAUAUUGGGUAGGCAUACGUGAUUUUUGAUACCUUGAACUUCCCCCCACUAACAAUGAAACUGCUGUUCCAGAGGGGGCGCUCACGUGCGCAAUUUCUUUCUUCUGCUACUUUCUCAUCACAGAUUUCCCGGAGGAAGCGCUAUUCUUGACAGAAGACGAGAGGGAAUUCGUCAGGGCAAGGCUUCUAGCAGAUGUUGGUGACUCGGGAAGGGAAACACAUAUAGGGAUUCGAGAUAUUCUUGAUGUCUUCAAGGAUUGUGGGUUCACCCCUGUCGAACAAGCAGUGUCGAAACCGAACAUCCAUGGCUAACUUUUUUGAAAAGACAAAAUAUUUGUGGGAGGUUUGAUGUACAUUGGCCUAGUUGUGCCCGGAUACGGUCAGCCCACCUGUAGCUCUCAACAGCGGAACCCGAGAACUAAUCUGCUGGUAGGAUAUGCAUACUUUGCUCCCACAAUCCUCAAAGACCUAGGAUAUUCUGGUAUGCCCACGGAUCACUGCUCCUUUCCUGGCCGCCUUCUCACAUGGGAUAGCUAUCCAAACGCAACUCCGCUCCGUGCCUCCCUGGAUUUGCGCCUUCGCCUUCGCCAUGACAAUUGCCGCAGUCUCCGAUCACCUGAAGCACCGCUUCGCCUUCGCUGUUCUUCCGAUAUUUCUAGCCAUCAGUGGUUUCUCAAUCCUACUCACAGUGCAUGAUAACGUAAAAGUACAGUAUACUGCUCUAUUUCUCGUUGCGAUGGGUUGCUACAGCGCCGUGCCGGUCGUCGCCUGUUGGUUCAACUUGAAUCGUAAGUUCCACCACCCACCUACCAAAUACAGAUGACUUAUCGAGAAUCUCCAGUCGGAGGGCACCGAAGGCGAGCAGUAGGCAGCGCCUGGCAGGUAGGCUUUGGAAACCUUGGAGGAAUCAUCUCUACGUAUUCAUUUAUCACUAAGGAUGCUCCGAGAUACACCAAAGGAUAUGCAAUAUCUCUCGGAUUUAUCUGUCUAGCGGGUGUAUCAUGUGUAGCCUACUACACCGCCAUAACGAUGGAGAACAAGAAGCGAAAGCAUGGUCGGAGCAAAUAUCUCAAUGCUACGGAGAUGGAGAAAAAUGAGCUUGGAGACCUUCACCCUCACUACAGAUACCUGCGUUGAGGCUAGAGCUCUUUUUUAUUUACGCGGGAUGUCACCCCUUCAUUUGGGUGUGGGUAAUGCCAGAUCCCUAUUCAUUUACAAGAAUGUAUGGUAUCAUGGGAGGAUUUUCGAACGAUUUCUGGUUGGUCCCCGGUAGUUUGGGUUUCGUGGUGAAUUUUUUUGGAGACCAUCAUGGGCCCCAAUAUCACACAACUCAAUACCCACCAAUUCACACCAGAUGACCGGCUUGACUCUCGUAUCA